UUUAAGAUUAAAACUUUUGAAGUGUCUAAAUAGUAUUAUUUUUCGACACGCAGACAUGUUUUGUGAUUUUAAGAUAUCAGUUUAGGGUAUUUUAAGGUUGUUUUUUUUUCAUUCACCAAGGUAAUUUGCUCAAAGCCUGUGCACAGUUACGGGCGCUAAAAAGUCGUAAAAGGAUAGAUAAUUCAUGACUAAUGUUACUGAAACAUAUUUAAUUUAAUUCACUGAACACUCAGUUGACAUGUUACAUAUGUUGUGAUGUACACAAAUUUUAAUUGAAGAUGAAUCGGCGUAUGGAUAGUACCUUUGACCUCUGGUCACAGGAGGUCGAAUCCUGAUGAGAAUGGAAUUUGACCGUGGUUUCCACAUUUCUUUAUUCAGGCGCAAGUACUGAUAGAUCAAAUGAAUUGCAAGAGCUUUUUCUACAAGCGAUGCAAAAUAAAUAAAUAAAUAUAAUAUUGAGUAAUUCAGUUGGCGUAUUCAGACAUUUACCACAAUACUAAAAUUUUCAAAAGAUAUGAAAGCGUUUUUUAAUUUAUAAAAUCGUAGCUAGAGUUAUUUAUUUGAUAUUGAACGCGUUUGAUGUAAAAUAUAAACACAUUAUUAUUAUAAAUAAAUCUGCCAAACUUAACUUUUCAUCCUGCCUUUGAUGAGUAUUUGAAAACGAUUAAGGUGGGCCAGAAAAAGAAUAAGAUUUGUGAAAAUUAAUGAUGAACCUUCGGAGAUAUCUUCAAAUACUCUGUAUUAAUAAAUAUUUGAAACAUAGUUCCAUUGAACGUUUAGGUUAAAGAACAAAUGAUUAUAAUCUAAGACAAAUAAAUUGUUUUGUUAUAUGAGGUUAGGGAUCGUAUAUCGGAUAGAUACAGUAUCAUUGCGGUUAAAUCUAUACCAAUAUCUCUAAAAUAUUUUGAAUUCUGAUUAGUAAUCAAAGAAUUGUUUAUUAUGCCCAGACUGAAAUUUGGUAAUUUGGUACAGGAACAUGAAAAUUGUCAGUCACAACAAAGUUUAAAGUUUAAUACAUACAUUAAAUAUAUACUAUUUGUUUGUUUUUUAUACAUCUAAAUAUUGUGAGAGUGAACGGAUCUUGUGGUUGUGAUCGGAUCUUGUGGACGUGAACAGAUCUUGUGGAUGUGAACGGAUCUUGUGGACGUGAACAGAUCUUGUGGACGUGAACGGAUCUUGUGGACGUGAACGGAUCUUGUGGCUGUGAACGGAUCUUGUGGACGUGAACAGAUCUUGUGGAUGUGAACGGAUCUUGUGGACGUGAACGGAUCUUGUGGAUGUUAACGGAUCUUGUGGACGUGGACGUGAACGGAUCUUGUGGAUGUGAACGGAUCUUGUGGACGUGAACAGAUCGAUAUUGUUAAAGUGAAUGAAUCUUGUGGAAAAGAAGCUGCAAAUAUUGUAUUAAAGGAGCAUUUUUGAACAUUUGGUAGAGUAAACAACUUGCAAAGAAGGAUGUCAGUUGACGAGCAUGCGCACACUUCUAUAGAUGAUAUAGAGGAACAUUAUGAAGAGAAAGAUGAUUCUAGACCAUUCUUUCAAAGGCAAUACUGUGAAGUUGGUAUCUACAUCACGAUUUAUGAUGCUAUACCUGUGGAACAGAAGAGUAUUGGCCUGGAACACUUUUUCCGCAUGAAAACUACAGAAAUACUGUACGAUGAAUUUGCUAAAAUGGAUACAGUGAACAUACGUGCGGAAUUUGUAGACAGAAAUAUAUUGACUGACAUGUAUAUAGAACGAUUCGAGCCAGGAAUUGUUAUGGCUGUUGGUUUCGACACAGUCAAAGAUCUCGAUGAACUUUGGUCUUUGUACAAGGAUGACAAACUCAGCUCUUUGAUUCAUGACAUCUUAAUUACUACCGGGGAUUUGAAAGCAGCGUCCAUUACGGAAGUAACAUUACAAACAAAACUCUGGGAAGACGAGUAUGAUAUCUGCAAACAAGAGCUAGCAUCAGAAGCAAAAAAGAGACCGGAUAUUCAAUACAGACCAAAUGACAUGAAGAUGGUUCACCGACUGAAAGACUAUCAAAAGAUUGUCGCUGAAGAAAUACUGCGUAUGCGUGAUUUGGAUAACGAGAUCGAGUUAAAUAGAAACGAAUUUAUGAACUGCAUUCGCAAUUUGCUUUCGGAAGAUGUGGACAGGAUUUCUUCUCUGAAAGAGUACGAAAUCUUGGCUAAGUCGUCAAAGGCGCAGCACAUGUUCCACAAAAAAUUACUGGAUUUAUAUUCCAGUGUCGUUGAGAAAUGGCGCCAGUAUUACAACGCUUUUGGAAAAGAAAUUGUCAUACCGUUAAAGCAGUUGCACCGAGCCUGUGAAAACGAGAAACAAAGAGACAUUAAAGCAAAAAUUAUAACAAGCAUAGAGGAAAUGCAAACAAUGCUACAGGAAGAUUUUGAUCUUCAAAAGAUCUCUCAUCCAGAAACUGAGAAAAAGAUGGCACGGAGGGAGUAUCCUGUGUUUCGGGGUCUCUUAAGUCUGAUACCAAUGGGAGCCGAAAGGCUGUCUGAUAUAGACAUUCUCAUGGACGAUUACAUGCGAGAAUUUAAUCUUGAAUCAAAAGCUUAAACUAAGAAAGGACAAAUUUCUAUUUUAUGUUCGAACAAGUAAGAGUCAAAUGCAGCCUGGUAAUUAUUCUGUUGACUAUCACUAUUGACUGUAUAUGUAAGCCAAUCUAUUUUCUGUACAUGUAAACCAGACUUUUGUCCGUACAUGUUAGCUAGACUUUUGUCAGCAUAUGUAAGCCAGACUGUUGUCAGUAUAUUUAAGCUAGACUAUUGAUUGUAUAUGUCAGCCAAACUAUUGUCUGUAUGUGUAAGCAAAACUGGUGUCCGUAUAUAUAAACCAUAUUACGUACUAAAUGUACGCCAGACACUAUGUAACGUAGAUUGGAUAUUUGAAGUUUCAUAUAGUAUUUCAGUUGCCGUACCCCACGAUACAUUUACAUGAUGAUACUUUUUCAAACAGCUAUUUCAUGCAGUCUAUAUCAUUUGUAAAUACAUGAAAAA